CCAGCAAUGUCGUCAAGCGUUAUUUUAAAUCCUUUAUGGUAAUUACAAUAAACCCCCAACAUUUCAGGACAUGAAGUAAACAAUGGAUAACUGUUCCCCUGCCUCGACGUUCUUGACUGACAGCUUGGAGUUGGAACUGAGGACAGAAUGGUGCAAACCCCCUUGCUUUUCUUGUGCUUUUGACGAUAGAGGAGGAGGAAGAAGUUUUUCUGGAGAGUCCUACCUUUCCAGCGGAGCCCUUAAGCGGCUAAUUUUGAAUCUUGAUCCUUUACCAACCAAUUUUGAAGAGGAUACCAUGGAAAUAUUUGGCAUUCAAUGGGUUACUGAAACUGCAUUAGUUAAUUCAUCUAGAGAGCUUUUUCAUUUAUUGAGGCAACGACUGUACAACUUGGAAAUCUUAUUACAAGCCAACUGUGAUUUUGGUCAGGUGUCAGCCCUCCACUGCAAAGCAGACAAUAUUAGGCAACAAUGUGUACUAUUUCUUCAUUAUGUUAAAGUUUUCAUCUUCAGGUACCUGAAAGUACAAAACACUGAAAGUCGUGUUGCUAUCCAUCCCUAUGAGGCUCUGGAGGCUGAGCUUCCUUCCGUGCUAGUUGAUGAGCUUCAUGGAUUGCUCUUGUAUAUUGGACACCUAUCUGAACUUCCCAGUAUUAAUAUUGGAGCAUUUGUAAAUCAAAACCAGAUUAAGCUCUUUCCACCAUCAUGGCAUUUAUUACAUCUCCACUUAGAUGUCCAUUGGCUGGUGCUAGAAAUCCUUCAUAUCCUGGGUGAAAAACUGAAACAUGUUGUGUAUGGUCAUCAGUUUAUGAAUCUGGCAGGUGAUAAUUUAACCAAUGUCAGUCUAUUUGAAGAACAUUGUGAAAAUCUUCUUUGUGAUUUAAUAAGCCUGUCACUCAACAGGUAUGACAAGGUUAGAGCUUCAGAGGCAUUAAGGAGUCACCAUUGUCCAUGUCCAUGCAUUAAAGAAUUAUGGGUUCUACUCAUUCACCUUCUAGACCACAGAAGUAAAUGGUCCCUCUCAGAAUCAUUUUGGAACUGGAUGAAUAAAUUAGUUAGAACACUCUUUGAAAAAUCAAGUGACCGAAAACGACCUGUGCCAGUGAUCCAGUCCAGGGAUCCAUUCGGUUUUAGUUGGUGGAUUAUUACUCAUUUAGCAUCACUAUACCAAUUUGAUCGCCAUGGAGUACCAGAUGAAAUGAGGCAAAUGGAAUCAAAUUGGAACUUUGUAGAAGAACUGCUGAAAAAGUCCAUCAGUGUUCAGGAUGCUAUACUAGAAGAACAAUUACGAAUGUAUCUUCUCUGUUGUUUGACACUUUGUGAUUUCUGGGAACCAAACACUGUAAUUGUCACCAUUCUAUGGGAAUAUUAUAGUAAGAAUCUGAAUAGUUCUUUCAGUGUUUCUUGGCUUCCUUUGAAAGGCCUCACAAAUAUAAUUAAGUCACCGUUGUCUAUGCUUGAAAUGGUGAAGACCUGCUGUUCUGAUAAACAAGACCACAACCUUUAUAAGUCUAGCAGUAGUUAUACCAUUUUCCUUUGCAUUUUGGCAAAAGUAAUUAAGAAAGCAAUGAAGAACAAUGGCCCUCAUCCUUGGAAACAAGUUAAAGGAAGAAUAUAUUCUAAAUUCCAUCAAAAGAGAAUGGAAGAACUAACAGAAGUUGGUCUUCAGAACUUUUUCAGCCUUUUUCUACUGUUAGCAGCUGUUGCAGAGGUGGAAGAUGUAGCAAGUCAUGUUUUAGACCUCCUAAACUUCCUCAGGUCUGCCUCUAAAACAUCUUCUCAAAGAGCCCUCAUUUGGAAGGGUCAGAUGGCCUUCCUCCUAAUGUAUGUCCAGAAAAAUUUGGAUAUUGGUGUUCUGGCUGAGAAGUUUUCUGGUGAUUUCCGGGAGAAAGCAAAGGAAUUCUUAGUAUCUAAGAAUGAUGAAAUAGGACAGAAACAAACUCUCUGGACACUUCUCUCCAUCUACAUUGAUGGUGUCCAGGAAGUGUUUGAGACCAGCCAUUGCUUGAAUCCUUCCCAUGAAAAACUGCUUAACGAUGGAUUUACUAUGCUUUUGCCAGCUUGUCGAGAAUCCGAGCUUAGGAUACUACUGAGCUUUCUGCAAGCUGUUCUGGCCAGAGUCAGGAGUAUGCAUCAACAAUUGUGUCAGGAACUUCAAAGAGAGAAUGUGGACCUCAUUUUACAGUCUUCAUUAUCAGCUAAAGAGCGCCACCUUGCUGCUGUUGCCAGUGUGCUGUGGAGACAUUUCUUUUCAUUUCUGAAGAGCCAGAGAAUGUCACAGACAGUGCCUCUCGCUCAACUUGCAGAUGCAGCUGCAGACUUUACUUUUUUGGCCAUGGACAUGCCCAGUACAGCUCCAUCAGAUCUUCAGCCUCAGCCAGUUAUAUCAGUAAUUCGACUUUUUGGUUGGGAUGAUAUCAUGUGGCCCCAAGUUGUAGCACGAUAUUUAAGUCAUGUCCUACAAAAUAGCACAUUAUGUGAGGCACUCUCUCAUUCAGACGUUGUGUCUUUCCAAGCCUUAACUGUAAGAUCAUGGAUCCGUUGUGUUUUACAAAUGUAUAUAAAAAAUUUCUCUGUGCCUGAUGAUUUGUUCAGUGAUACACAUCCUGAACAGGCAGUUGAGAAAGAAUACAUGGAACAGUUGACUGAACUGACAAGGUUGCUGUUUAAACUGCCAGAAGUAAAGAGUAUUUUCUCAAAGUCUCAAGUUGAAUAUUUAACUACCUUAGAAGACCCUAAAAAAGCACUUGCUCAAUUCCUUGAGGCUGUUGGUAUAACUUACAGGAACCAGCAGACACUGUCUGAUAAAUCUGCCAUGGUCACAAAAUCCUUAGAAUAUCUUGGUGAAGUUUUAAAAUACAUAAAGCCUUAUUUGGGAAAAAAACUUUCCAGUGCAGGACUGCAGCUGACUUAUGGAAUGAUGGGAAUUCUUGUUAAAUCAUGGGCACAAAUCUUUGCCACCUCUAAAGCCCAAAAAUUACUAUUCCGGAUCAUAGAUUGUUUGCUGCUCCCACAUACAGUGUUACAGCAAGAAAAGGAGCUGCCUGCAGCUAUGUUGACAGCGAUUCAGAAGAGUCUUCCUUUGUAUCUCCAGGGCAUGUGUAUCGUAUGUUGCCAGUCUCAAAAUUCAAAUACCUACUUGAAUCAAUUGCUUGGAAAUGUUAUUGAGCAGUAUAUUGGGCGGUUUCUUCCAGCUUCACCGCAUGGUUUAGGUGUUGAACAACAUCCUGUUUUAUUGGGGUUGAAAAAGUCAGCCACUAUUCCACCAAUGUCGUCUCUAAAGAAAUGCAUUGUGCAAGUCAUAAGGAAGUCCUAUUUUCAUUUUAAAGGAUCCUCACCCCCACCUCGCUUAGCAUCCAUUUUGGCCUUUAUUCUCCAACUCUCCAAGGAAACUAACACAGACAUUUAUGAUGUUGAACUACUCCUCCCUGAUGUCUUAAAAUGCUUGGUAUUGGUCAAUGAACCCCAAGUUAAAAGGCUGGCCACAGAGAACCUGCAGUACAUGGUAAAAACCUGCCAAUUGGGGUCAGAAGGAGAACCUGCCACCCAGCUGACUUCAGUGUUUAGGCUGUUUAUCCAGGAUUAUGGUAUGCGAUACAGUUACCAGGUUUACAGCAUCUUAGGAACAGUAGCAACAUUGGACCAGCAAGUUGUUAUCUGCUUGAUUUCUACCCUCACCCAGUCUCUGAAGGAUUCAGAGCUGAAAUGUGGUCUUGGUAAAAAUAUUGCACAAAGGGAAGCCUAUAGCAAACUUUUAUCUCACCUUGGACAAGUGGGACAAGACGAGAUGCAGAGACUGGAAAAUGAUGAUACCUAAUAUACUUUGUGAUUCACUUUCUUUGUUGAUUAUCAAAAUCUAAAGACACUUUGCGCUCCUCUGACUCCUACUUUUAAUUAAUUGUAUAAUGUUCUUUUAAAAAAUGCUUUCUUUUUAAGAUUUUUCCGUACAUACUUGUAAGUAUAAAGUAUAUAAAUAAGGAAAUAAAGGCUAAUUUAACUAUGUUGCAGGAUCCUUGGAA